UGCCAGGCGUACGAACAUGUUCGUUUUAGUACGAACAUUUCAACUAGUGUACGAACAUAUCAUAAAACGAACAUUCGUACGGUUUAUUACGAACAUUUGAAUCUGAUGCAAAUAUGCAUUUAAAAAUCAAAUUUUUACUCAAAAAUGCCGAAAUACAAAUACAAUUAAUGAUUAUCGAUUUAGCAGUUAUCACUGAUUUAUUAUAAAGCCUUUAUAUAAAAUUAAAUUAAAAAUAAGUACCCCGAUUACGACCGUAUUGGCGUAUAGCGUAUUAGACGGUCAGAGUCCAGAGUCCAGGCCCAUAUCUUAAAAUUUAUAAUUGUUGAUAUUUAUAUUUCUAUUUUUAGAUAUAAGCGUCUUAUAGUAGCUAGGGUCUCGUAUCCGUGUUAGUAGUAAUGUUAUCAUGGGCUUUAUGAACCAGUAUUCGAUAUUAUUAUUAAAUUCAUAAUUAUGGAUAAAUUUGUCACAAAAACUGGGAAGAGUGUUGUAAAACCAUCAACAUCAACAAUUGACCAAAAAGAUGAUACUUGUUCUGGAUCCGAUCGCAGUCUCACACCAGAGUACAAAAGAAUUAGACGAGGUGAUGGUAAGCAAAAGAAACAUCGGAAACAAUUAUUCAGUAAGUCUUGGGAACAGAAUCCAAAAUUUUCGAAAUGGUUAAGACCUGAUGAAAAAUCAAACACAAGUGCUAAAUGUAUUAUUUGUAAUACAGUUUUGGCUACAGAAAUUUCUUCAAUAAACCGCCAUUUAAAUAGCAAAAAACAUAAGUUAAUGUCUAAUAGUGUUUCAACAACUUCAUCACUUUCUGAUUCUUUUAAACCAAAAAAUAUUUCUUUACUCGAAAAAGUAAAAUCAGCAGAAAUUAAACUUACUGCUUUUGUAGCUGAACAUAAUAUUUCAUUUAAUACAAUGGACCACUUAACUGAAUUAAUUAAAAGUCUCGACCCAACCUCUGAAGUAUUAAAAAAUAUGCACUUGCAAAGAACUAAAACCACUGCAGUAAUGAAACAUGUGAUUGGUAAGUCUCAUAAAGAGUAUUUAAUUGACUGCUUGGUGCAAACAAAAUUCAGUAUUUUAACUGAUGAGUCUACUGACAUAAGUUGUAUUAAACAAGCAUGCAUUGUUGUUAGGUACUUUAAUCGAGACAUCGGUAGAAUUGUAAGCCAUUUUUUUGAGCUAUCCAAUGUAUUUGAACCAAAAAAUUAUCAAAAGGCCCACGAAGGUGCUACAGGCAAAAAUUUAUAUGAUUGUUUGUAUAAAUCAUUUGCUGAAAAUAAUAUACCAUUCAAUAAUGUCAUUGGUUUUGGAUCAGAUGGGUGUAACUCAAUGAUGGGUGCCCAUAAUUCUGUUGCUAGCAGAAUGAGAGAAAGUUGUCCUGGUAUAAGCAUAUGGACUUGCAUAUGCCACUCGUUACACCUUUGUGCAAGUGAAGCAUGUAAGGUUCUUCCAAAACGUUGUGAAGAUUUAGCGCGCAACGUUUAUUCAUUUUUUUCAAUGAGUUCAAAAAGAUCUGCACAAUUUGUGCAGUUUCAAGAAUUUUGUUCUACUCCAGUACACAAACUUCUACAUCCUAGUCAGACAAGGUGGUUGUCUUUGCACUUAGUUGUGUCUAGAGUGCUAGAACAAUGGGAUGCAUUACUUUUAUAUUUCCAAGAUAAGCAUUUAAAUGAACGCCUAACAAUAGCAGAAUCAAUAUACAGCACACUCACAGACCCUCUCAUAAGACUUGUAUUUUUGUUUUUAGAUUGGGUCUUGCCAAAAUUCACCUCACUUAAUUCUUUUUUCCAAAGUUCCUCUGUAGUGAUAACUCAGUUACACGAUAAAAUGAUUUCUACUUAUAAAGAUAUUUUAUCAUGUUUUAUGGGACCAAAUUAUAUUAAUAAAACUCCUAUUAACGACAUUGAUCCAGAAAAUGAUAAACAAUAUAUACCUUUUACACAAAUGUACCUCGGCAUAAGAGUAUUAAAAGAAAUAGAAAAACCUAACAUUGCAAAUAAUAAAUCCUUGUUAAAUGACUUUUAUUUAAGAACACAAAAUUUUCUAAAAAUCUCUUGCAUACAAAUUAAAAAAAAGUAUAAUUUUAAUGAUCCAUUAAUGUCAAAACUCAAGUUAAUUGACCCUAAAGUAGUGGUAUCUAGAGAAAAUGCUUCUAUUUUCCCCCUUUUAAUUGUGUUACCUCGAUUAACACAAUCAAAUGAUAAAUUAUUACAACAAAUUGAUGAUGAAUGGAGAUUAUUGUUUAACUUUGAAAUUCCUAAUGAAAUACUAAAUCAUUUAGAAGAACCUGAUGUUUUUUGGUUUAAAUUAUCUAAUUUACAGAUGGGAAAUCAAGAGUAUCCAUUUGUAAAUUUGGCAAAUUUUGCUAUUGAAGCUUUAUCUCUUCCUCACUCUAAUGCCGAUUGUGAGCGUAUUUUUAGCAAGGUUAAUCUGAUAAAAGUUAAAACUAGGAACCGCUUAAAUACAGAUACAAUUCAAGCAUGCUUAUUAGCCUCGCAAGAAAUAAAAAUAAAAAAUAAUACUUGUAUAGAUUUUGUACCUUCUAAAAAAAUGAUAGAUUCUAUGACAACAAGUAAUCUUUAUGACAACAAUAGUAACGAUGAGUUUUGUUUUGACGGAUAGUUGUUUUGAGAGAGUGAAUUAAUAUUAAACUUUUGUACUUAAUAACUAAAAACAUAUUAACCAAUUUACCUAUAUUAUCUUUAAUUAAAUUAGUAUGAUUAUAUAUUUUUUUUACAUUUGCUAUUAAACAAAUCAAAGGAUGAUUUAUUGUGUUAAUAAAUUUUAUAUUUG